CUGAAUAAAUCCAUUUACUGAUAUAUAAAAUGGCCUCCUUCAAAGAUGCUGUAGUAUUUUAGCUAGCUAACAAUUUCAUGGACCCUUCGUUUAUCCUUCUCUGUUACCACGUUCUGUAGACAGCGAAGGUGGCUCCUUUUUGCCAUUUAACCGACGAAAUAAGUUUAUGUUUUAUGUAGCUAACUGAUAAAGUGUAUGUCGACUAAUAGCGAGCGAGCUAGCUAGCUGUUUUAGCUCAAAUACUAGCCGGAUAGCUAGCUAGUUGUGCAGAGAAGUCUCGCUCUACUUUGUUUUGAGCGAGGGAGCAAUAGCUGGUCAUCAUCAAAUGGCCGAACAGCGAAAGGUACCUUUCGUCACUCUCGCUACCUUUAACACCACACCAGCCUCGGAACCCAAGAAACGUCGUCGGGAGGAGGAAACCGAUACCAGCCCGGGGAAAAAUGGAGGGGUUGGAAGUGCAGCAACCGGGCCAGGGGGUGGUGGCAGCUUGUUCGGUAACAUAAAAGGAAAUGUAACCGUUUCAGACGGAACUUCUGGAGAACCCAAGGCAGUCACCGUGCGUUUAAAUAUCUCCUUGGCUGAGCCUAGCGAAAAGGGAUCUGCAGAAUAUAACUACGGAGAGCUGGUCCAAGCAACUCAGGUAAAGAAGACUCCUCAAGUAGUGGCUCCUAGCUUUGAUCCAACUGAUCCCUUCGGUGACGAUGCGAAAGAGAGACAGCAGGUGGAAGCACUUGCCAAAAAGUUUGAGAGCAAAUAUGGAAACCCAAACAAAAAGAAGAGGAAGGAUAGGAUCCAGGAUCUUGUGGACAUUGGAUAUGGUUAUGAUGAAACAGACCCAUUUAUAGAUAAUUCAGAGGCUUAUGAUGAGCUGGUUCCAGCCUCCUUGACCACUAAACUGGGUGGUUUUUACAUCAACACGGGUACACUGCAGUUUCGGGCUGCCUCCGAGUCUGAGGGCGAGGAUGGAGCAAAAGAUGGGAAUUCCCUUAAGAAGACUAAAGAUGGAGAGGAGAGGGUGAUCAAGAAAAGACGAAAAAAGCAAGAUGGCAAUUUAGAGGAGAAGAAACCAAGAAAGAUCAGAGUGCCAAAGACAGGGGUCUCGUCCCUGAUCCGUCCAGAGAAGAAGAAGCGCAAGAAGCUGAUGAAGGACUCGCUGAACCUGGCCGCCAUGCUGCGCCGCUUCGCCCGCGAGAAGGAGGAGAUGCGCAAGAAGCAGCCCGCAGCGGCUGCAGCCCUCAAGCUGCCACGCGGCCCGUCCAGUGCCAACACCACGCCAAGCGCCGCCCAGUGCCCACCGGGCAUGCUGAACUCGCACCCCCAGUCCGCCUCCGCCAUCGCCCCCGGUGGCGACUUCAACAUGGCCGACCUGACCACCGACCCGGCAGUGAUGUCGCUGCUGGGCGGCGCCAGCGAGAACGAGAUGCUGCAGGACCUGAUGGGGGACCUGGACUUCGGCCUGCUGGACUCGCCCCAGCCCGGGAGCCCCAGGCACCAGGGCGAGAAUGGAAACUUGGCACCAGCAGGGCUGAAGGCAGGAGGCGCGGCUGCAGCCUUACGUGGGCAGAGAGGACUCCUCAACCCGCCUCCACUACCCAACGGGCUGCCUGGUCCACUCAUCAAACGCAUCGAGGACUUGCGUGCGGCGUCACGACAGUUCGAUCAGGAAGGCCGAAAGAAAUUCUUCACUCUGGACAUGAACAACAUUUUGCUUGAUAUUGAGCUGCAGGUUCAGGAGCAGCCAGCUGAAUCCCGCUCUGCCAUCUACUCCCACCUGGAAGCCUUUGUGCCCUGCAACAAGGAGGCCCUGCUCAAGCGCUUGAAGAAACUCAGCCUCAACAUACAGGAUGACCGGCUGCGCACACCUCUGCUGAAGCUCAAGCUGGCUGUCUGCAGCGUCAUGCCCGAACAGAUUGCGAGAUACAACAUGGACUGCAUGGCCAGGGUUGCAAAGCAGCAGUCUGAAGAAGGAGAAAAGAAUGGUUCAGAGGAAGAGGACGAGGAGAAGCCAGGGAAGAGGGUCAUGGGACCCCGGAAGAAGUUCCUCUGGGACGACAAACUCAGGAACUUGCUGUGUAGCCUGGUGCGCGUGAAGCUGGGCUGCUACGAGCGGGAGGGCCAGAACUCGCUCUCGGCUGAGGACUACCUCAAAGCCUUCAUGGAGACAGAGGUCAAACCACUGUGGCCUAAAGGCUGGAUGCAGGCCAGGAUGCUGUUCAAAGAGAGCCGCAUGGCCCACAGUCACCUCACUGGCAACUCAGUAAAGAAAAGAAUAGUACCCACACCAAAAGCUAAAUCCAAGGAGGUUGGUUGGGUCCAGAAGUCCGCGCCGCUCGUCGACUUGGCCUCUCCGCUGGCGUUGGUGGCGCGCCAGCACGCCCCGCCCGAGUCGGAGCCCAUCUGCCUGUCGGACUCCCUGGACGAGGACCUGGCCACGCCGUCCCUGGACUCCAUCUCGCAGGCGCUGGCGCUGCUCAGCAACGCGGCCAAGGACCUCAUCCACAACGAGGCGCCGUCGUCGGGGGCGACGGCCGGCCCCGCCCCGCCGCAGGCCUCGGUGCUCCUCCACAAGAAGAUGGUGUCCGGCGGCCACUACGUCUCUACCUCCUUCUCCCCCGCCGCCGCCGCCGCCCUCGCUGCCGCCUCUUCCGCUUCCAGGGCGGCUGCCGCCGCCUCCCUCGGCGACGGGCUGGGCCUGGCCAAGGGCUCGCCGCUGGCUCAGGCUCACAGACACUCGGUGAUGGACUUGGCGCGGACGCCCGCGAGCAAGGCCUCCGUGUCCCCCUCGGGCGUGUCGCCCUCCCCUUCCGCGGCGAAGGCCCGGCCGCCCCCCACCGCCUCCCCACUCUUGCCCCCCCAGCACAAAGCAUUUGGCCUGCCAGGCUCCGGUAAAGCGGGCAAGAGCGGCGGCGGCCCAGUGGACAGUGUUCUGGGCGCCUCUGUGGUGCAGGCGCGCGGCCCCCACGUGCUGGUCUCGCCGCACCACCUGCCCUCCAAGGCGCCGUCGCAGCAGCAGCAGCAGCAGGGCUCCCCUCAGGACUCGGUCAGGGCGUCUCCGGCCCCCUCGCCCCCCCAGCCGCGCACCCCUCCCACCCAACAGCAGCAGCAGCAGCAGCCGCAGCAGCAGGGCUUCAUCACACCCAUGCAGGCUACCCUCACCAAGUCCUCCCACAGCUCCAGCUCCCCCAUCCUGAAAUUGACCCCUCGGCCCCCGGCCCCGACGUUGGCCUCCUCCUCCUCCGCCGCUUCGGGCUCCUCUUCCUCCCCCUCGGUCACCUCCCAGGCGCGACCUGCUCAGAGCCUCCCGAUUGUGCACCAGUACAUUGCCUCCUCCCCUUCCUCAUCCUCGUCCUCCUCACCUUCCUCCAAAGCGGCAGCGUUCCGCCCCCCUCUCUCAGGCACCCCCAGGGGGCAAGGCAACUUCACCAGCUCCACUGCGGGGCAGAAGACCCCCUCUCAGGUCAUCAGUUCCCCCUCCGUCUCCAAACAUGCAGCAGCAGCCGCCAGUCCCACCCCCAGUGCUGCCAGCCCAGCCAAUCAUGGGCAGCGUCAGAGGUCUGCAGGCGGGACAGGUGCUGGAGCUAAGCCAAUCACGUCCGUCUCCUCAGCAACAGCUACCCCACAGUUGUCACAGGUGUCGUCAGCGGGCAGUGCUCUCUUGGGCCAGGCCGGCCCAUCUCUGCCACUGGGCUUCGGCAUGUUGGGGGGCCUGGUGCCCGUCUCCCUGCCCUUCCAGUUCCCCUCGCUGCUCAACCUGGCUCCGCCUGGGGUCACCAGUGCCACACUGGGCACAGGCCCCUCGGUCACUAGCAGCUCGGCGUACACCCUAACACAGAAUCUGUUAAAGAGUCUCCAGUCAGGGUCUCAGGCUGCUCUACCCCCCCACUUGCAACUGGCUUUCCCAGAUGUCAGUCAAACGCAGGGCGGGGAUCUUAAAAGGAAGCCCCUUUGAAAAGGCUGAAGCUCUUGGAGGAAUUACCCGCCCGAUGGACGUCAUAUUAAUAUGCAUGGCCUCCUGAACAAAUCACUCACAUGGAGAAAAACUUUUUUUUUUAACGGGGGAAAAAAAAAAAGAACGAAACAGAUUUGAUACUGUUAGUUUAUGAUGUUGUUUGUAAUAUUCAAAUGGAUUACAAAACACCUGUCAAUGUUUACACAAAUAGACCUGUAUCACUGUGGACAGGGAGGGAUGAAUGAAUGGAUGGGUGGAUGGAUGAUUCAGAGACUCUGUGAAUUGAUGAUUUGAGUAAAUGGAUGAAUUGAUUGAUUGAACAGACGGAUGAAUUGGUUGAUUGAUUGAAUGUAUGAAUUGAAUGAAUGGGUUAGUGUGCGUGUGAAUAUGUAUGUAUUUGUAUAUGCGCGUGCACUUGUGUGCAUCAAUUUGUAUAGAUCUUUUCUUUGUUUUGUCUGCCAAGCAGUUUGAAUGCAGCCCCCCCUGACUCAUGCCUAGGUCCUUGUGUCUCUGGUGCUGUUUUUACCAUUGAGUGAUGAGAUCUCCUGCACCAUUCAGGCCUCUAAAGUCAAUAGAAUUUGAAAAUGAUAAUGAAACCUGCUUAAUGGGGUCUUUUUGUAUUCUACUUGAAUUUUUUCUCCUGCGAAUUUGUUUACUUAAGUCAACAAAGCUGAAUGACAAUAAAAAAAAAAACAAGUAAAAAGCCUUAGCUUAAGCCAAGAACUAUGCAGGAUAAAUUCUUUUGAGAAAAGGUUUUAGUGGCGUCAGCCAUCUUUUUUGUAUUGAAUUGCCUCUAAUAGUUUGUCUUUUCAGAGAUCAUAAAAGUUUUCUGUGUCAUCCUUU